AUAGGAUGGGUGGGGAGGGGUCUGGCCAUAGAGAGUGUAACCAUAACCUCUCCAAUUAUUCCCCAAUUCCUUCCUCCUCCUUUCGCCACUGUGCUCGACUGUAACAAUCUCUGCUAUCUUUCCUUUACGUUGCGAUGUGAAGUGGAAGAUUUUCUCUUUUCAAUUUUCGUUGAGUUUAUGAUAACUAUCAAUGGAAAUGGAAUCGUCAUCCACUUGCCCUUUCUGUAACCUUCUGGUUCGCGACACAGAACUCCAAUGGCAUGCGAACAGUCACUUCGAAGAUGGGGAUGAGGACGAGCAAUUCGCCAGGGACCGGGAAUUGGCGCAUCAGAUCGCCUCGUCUUCCAACUCCGGCGACGGAGACUGCCCUACCGACGACAAGAUUUCUUGCUUGGUUGCUCUUCAGACGAGGAGUAGCUUUUAUUGCAUCAAAGAUGGUUUGAUGUCCUUGCUCACCAGGUGUUUGGAAAGAGAUCAGGACUCUUCGGUAACCAUACUCUCCGGCUACAUCGAUCACUUCCAGAGCACUGCGUCCGAGGACCGUGGGUGGGGAUGUGGCUGGCGAAACAUACAAAUGAUGAGUUCUCACUUGCUGGCACACAGACCGGAAGCCAGAGAAGUCUUGUUUGGCGGCUCAGGGUUUGUUCCUGAUAUCCCCUUCCUCCAGCGGUGGCUCGAGAUUGCUUGGGAGAAGGGCUUUGAUGCGGUUGGCUCCCAUCAUUUCAACAACAGAGUUUAUGGUUCCACCCAUAGGAUUGGCACUACUGAAUGCGCUGCUCUCUUUCGCUCUUUCGGCCUCCGUGCCAGGGUUGUGGAUUUUGGUCCUCAGGAACUCCGUUCGCUUUAUCUAUCUGUUCCUGGUUCUGGUGCCGGGCCAUCAGUAGUGAAAGGAAAAUCUAUUCAUGUUUCUGGGCCCAUGGAUAGGUAUGUUGUUCACCUACCAAAUUCGAAUGAGUCCAGAGAGUCAGAAAACACCUUAGGAAAUGGAAGUGAUAAUUUGGAACAUAAUUCUACCAAGCAGAAUCAGAGGCAUCAGAAUCUUAUUGAUUGGGUGUGGAAUUACUUUUCUGAUAAGGGCUUAAAAAUGUCCAACUCCAGCCCUGUCAUUGUCAGUGACAGAACGCCUUUAUACUUUCAGCAUGAUGGACAUUCACGAACAAUUGUUGGGAUUCAAGUUAAACAUCAACACAACAGGAUGCAACAGUUCAGUCUCUUGAUAUUGGACCCUGGUCAUAGAACGGCUGCUCUAGAGAGAUCGCUUAAGGAAAACUUUCGGUGGAAGACACAUUUAAAAAGAGGGGUCCAUACCCUGAGAAAGCCACAGUACCAGCUAUGCUACAUUGACCCCGGAAUUGCUGGUGAGGAGGAGAUGGAACAGCUCAAGACAAUUGAUAGUGUCUUUAUUGAAUUGUAGAGGAGUACUUCAAAUUUCUGCAUCAUUAGGUACUUUUUAUCUAUGAGAAAAUUGAACGCAAUCCUUUACAUGUGCUUAAAAGGAAACACGGUGCUCCAGCCUUUUUCUUUUUUUUUAAUUGUGGUUUGCUUUCUUGAACCAGCCUCCCUUCCCAGAACCCCCAUUGACCUCAAUCAACUUUUAAUUCCAAUGGGAGAAAUUCCAUUGAGCCAUUUGCUGAGAGUACUUUGCUGCAUAAAAAUGUUGAUGUUGUUUUUCAUUUUUUGUUACCAGGAAACUGGUGUCUACAUGUGGUUGUACCAAAGUGGCCCUAAUAUUCAUUAACCUCUACAGUUUCAUGUGUUUCUGUUUAUAUUAUUCAUGACUAUCUAAAGCUGGACUAAUCUAAACAGUCAAAUAAUGAUGUUAGAUUUUG